AUGGCCUUACCUACGGAGACCGAGGCCUCGUACGCGGCCAUCAUCGACUCCAUACUAGCAACUAGCGACCUAAACACCAUCUCCGCAAAGCGCGUGCGCAAGGGCCUUCAGGCGCAAGUGGACUACGACAUCACUCCUCAGAAGGACACAAUCACCACACUCAUCCUAGCACGCUUCGACAAAUUCAACGAAACCCACGCGCCCAGCUCCGCAGCGACGACCGAGCCCGCCGAACCCGCUCCCACAACCACGGCCGCCGACAAAGCCCCAACCACCAACGGCGUCAAGGCCUCCAUGUCCAAGGACUCCGCCGAGCCGCCCAGCGCGUCCUCCCCCUCUCCCUCGACGCCCAAGAAGCGCUCCGCAGCCGACGCCGACGCCGACGACGACCAAGAUACCGAGUCCUCGCUCUCCUCGGUAGCAGACCCCUCGCCGCCGAAGAAAAAGGCCAAGAAGAGCAAGUCGGCCUCGACCUCGGCUGAGGACGCGGACGCGGCGUUCGCGGCGCGGUUGCAGGCGGAGGAGAAUAGUCGGCGGCGGACGACGAGGGGUGGGGGGAGUAGCAGGAAGGCGGCGCCGGUGGUGAAGAAGGGCGCGGGGAGGAAGAAGCAGAAGACGAAGAGUGCGAAGAAGGUUGGGGGGGAUGAUGAUAGUGAUGUUGAGUCCGGGAGUGGAGGCGGGGAAGGGGGGGAGAAGAAGGAAGUUAAGCGGACGGGGGGGUUUCAUAAACCUAUGACGCUCUCGCCGCCGUUGUCGGAGCUUUUGGGGGAGACGAGUCUAUCACGACCCCAAACCGUGAAGAAGAUAUGGGAGUACGUCAAGGCGCACGACCUACAAGACCCCAGCGACAAGCGCCAGAUACGCUGUGAUGACGGGAUGAGGGCCGUCUUCAAGCAGGAUCGGGUGCACAUGUUCACGAUGAACAAGAUUCUCAACCAGAAUCUUUACGCGCAGGACGAAUGA